CGGCCAGCAAAACCCACCUGAAAGGCUGAAAAUUUUCCUUCCAAAUCGUCUCCAGUUCUGAAGGGAGAGUUUUAGAGAGAGAAAGGGAUCAACUUUCAGCUUCUUUCUUGAACUGUCUCUUUGUCCUUCUCCUUGGACGAGUUUAGGGUUCUCUGUUUGAGUUCCAAGAUGAUCCAUACUCUGAUAUGAUACUGGCUGAUGGUAUCACACUUCUUUGCAAUGACCUUCAGGUAUUUAUCUUGCUUGAUUAAGACUCUAAUCUUGCACUGCUCUGGAGGAAUUGCAAAUGUGGAGUUACCCUAAUAUGGUCUCUAUUCCAGAAGAAUUGAAACAGUUACGAUCUCUUGUUAAGUUGAUAUUCAGCAAUGUCAAAAAUUGAAGUUUAUUCCAAGCAUAGGGCUUGUCUCUCUGAAAACAGUAACUAUUAAGAAUUGUGAUGGAUUAGAGUGUCUACCGAGUGGGCUCUCAUCCUACACUGCUCUGGAGGAAUUGUAGAUGUGGAGUUGCUCUAAUUUGGUCUUUAUUCCAGAAGAAUUGAAGCAGUUACGGUCUCUUGUUAGGUUAGAUAUUUAGAAAUGUAAAAAAUUAAGGAGUUUCCCACAGGAGAUCUUGGUCUUACUUGUUAGCUUGAAGAGAUUAGAGCUUGGCCCUUUCUCAGAGGAGCUGGAGGAAUUCCCAAAUUUGAGUUCCACUACCACUUCCACUCCAGCCGCACUUGAAGUCUUGCAUUUGGAUGGAUGGGGGGAAUCACUAGUUCUGCCACAUCAUAUUUAACGGCUAUCUACCCUCAGGGACUUGACUAUCACAAGCUUCAAUGGAGUGGAAGAAGCUUUAUUGGAAACCUUUCUUGUCUUGAAACACUUCAAAUUAGGGAUUGUACUCGGUUAAGGCGUAUAUUAGGUGGGCUGUCAUCUCUUAAGGAACUGGUGAUAACAGAGUGCCCUAAUCUAGUCUCUUUACAAGGAGAGUUGAAGGAAUUGUGUUCUCUAGAAAUUUUAGGUUAUCCAAAAUUGGUGGGCUUCCUAGAGAAGAGUCUCGGCUGAUUAGAGAUCGGCCAUUUCUCAGAAGAGCUGGAAGAAUUCCCACAUUUGAGCUCCAUCCACGUCUCCCUUGAACAUUUUACUUUGAUGGGAUGAGAAAAACUAACUCACCUCCCACAAAUUCAACACCUCACUGCUCUAAAGGAGUUGAGUAUAGAGGGCUUCAAUGGAAUGGAAUUUUUGCCAGACUGGUUUAACAACUUGUCCUCCCUCCAAUGACUUUAUAUUUGGAACUGCCCAAACAAGUUAAAGGAAAGAUGCACCAAGGGAAGUGAUCCUGACUGGCACAAGAUUUCUCAUGUUCCAUACAUCGAUAUAAAUUUCCAGAUCAUCCAAUCCAAGACUGAGGCAAAGAGGUUUGAGUUUCUUUUUUCUCACAACUGCACUUGUACGAAUUCCCAACAUCAAAAUGUAAAAUCUCUCUCCUUAUCCUCUAUCAAUUAACUUGAUUGAUGCUGCUGCCUCCAUUGUUGUUGGGUGCUGCCAAUUAAUGUUAUCCCAUCUAAAUUAUUUAUUCUUUCUCUCAAAACAUAUAUAAAUUCAUAUUUUCAUUUUUCUCACUUUUGAUUCAUUUUCUUAUAAUGCAUGUAGAUGGAAUGAUGAUUUCUAGACACUUCUACAAGCUUCAACAUUGAGGUAAUUAAUUUAUGGCUCUUCACUUGAUCAAAUUAACUUUUCUUAUACAUUUGAGGAGUUUGAGGGACAAGCAAACUUUAUAUUUGAUUCAUUGGUAUAUCGCAUGUAGCCAAAUCUUACUGACUAAUCAAUGAGUUAAUGGAAACAAGAUUUCUAGAAUUCUGAAUCUAACCUUGAGUCAAGGAUAUUGAUUACUCUUCACUUGAUCAAUUUAACCCUUUGCCCUUCACUUUUAAUGAUCAACAAAGCCAAUUUUUUUCCUCAGUAAUUCAUAUGAAAAAGACAAAUUUUAAGACUUCUAUUCAUAAACUAAAAAUUCUUCA